AGUCAGUAAAGUCAUACAUUUUAUAAAAUUAACACAAAACCAAUUUAUUCUUUUUUUCUCAAGUCGUUGGACGGUCAGCAAAUUUUUCAGGCUUUUUUUUUCAAUUUCAAUUUAUAUAUACCUUUGGUGAAAGAAAGAACUUUAGAUUUGAAACAGAUAAUUAACUUGAAUUAGAGUUUUUAAAAGAUGUCUUUUGAAAACAAAAACUUGUAUCACUUAUUAGGUAACGACGUCGAAGACGACGAAGUUGUUCCUCAAGCCCCACCUAAGGAAGUUGUCAAGAAGAACACUUCCUCUAAGAAGGCUGACGUUGCACCAGCUUCUGCUGACCCAGCCAAGGCUAAAAAGAAGGCCAAGGUUACCGGUAAUGAAGCUGCCGCCAAAUCCAAGAACGACAACAAAGAUGUUACUGCUCCAUCAGCAACUCCAGCUAAACACCAAAAGAAACCUUUCGAUCGUCACUCAAGAACCGGUAAGACCGACUCCAAGAAGAAAUUGAAACAAGGUUGGGGUGAAGGUGAAGAUAGAGAAGCUGAAGGUGAAGCUGAAGGUGCUGAAGAUGCAAAAGCUGAAUUAGCUGCUGAAGAAGAAGAAGAAGAAGCUGAACCAGAAGUUGCUAAAAGAUCAUUACAAGAUUACUUUGCUGAAUUAGAAUUAAAACAACAAGAAUUAAGUGGUGCUUCUAAACAAGUUAGAAAACCAAAUGCUGGUGCUGAAGAUAAAUGGACUGCUGAAGCUGUUCUUGAAAAACACCAAGAAUCAUUCUUUGAAUCAACUGCUGCUAAGAAAACCAAAGCUAAGGUUACCAAAGAAAAGAAAUUUUUAGAAGUUGAAGCCAGUUUUGCUGAUGAAGUUCCUCAACAAAGAGAUAGUUUCAGAGGUGCCAGAGGUGGUGCUAGAGGUGGAGCCAGAGGUGGAGCCAGAGGUAAUACCAGAGGUGGUGCUAGAGGUUCCACCAGAGGUGGCGCCAGAGGUGGAGCUAGAGGUGGUAAAAAACCAGAAGCCCCAGCUGCUGCUAAAUUUGAUGAACAAAACUUCCCAUCUUUAUAAGUUUAAGGGAAUGUAUUGACAUCACUCGCCAAAAAUUGGUAUUAUCAGGUUAUUUAAUAACUGUUCUUAUUUCUUUCAAAUAUCCAUCCUCCACAUGAAUUUUCUUUUUGUAAUUUAGGCUACACUAAUACAAAGCCAUAGUAACGAUCUAGAAAUGUUUUCAAUUAAACUAUACUGUAGAAAUUGUAAUAGUUGCCCCGUAAGUUUUU